AUGAACCCCGUCACUCCCGUGCGCCAGAUUCCUGGCGCAUUCAUCAACACUCCUGCGCCAGGGCCGAAUACCGCCCGCAGGCGGCUCAACUUCAACGAAACCGCUGGGGCGAGCACAAACGGCGCGGCACUGGGGACUACGCCGGGGCCGAUCACAAGUACUAUGGGUUCUGGGCAGCAGGAGAUUGCUACCGGAAUGUUGCCACCGCCACACCUGCGCGAGGACCUGCCCCCUGUCGCAAAGGCCGCCCAGGUCGUCAACCAAACCCUACAGCUCGAUGAGAGUUACCCCGACAUCGAUUCCUAUUGCAGACGUAUGUUUCUUCCCAUCCCUCACCCGCCUAGUUUGCUCUGUCGGCUCCGCUCCAGACGAAUACUAACUGUUCCGUGUGGAAAAGCUGGCGCGUCCUCCGACUACGACAUUCAGUAUACUGAUUCCUCCUGGGCUCCGUUUCACAAGGUGUCGACGUAUCCAAUCCCAGACCAAGUGUUCUCACGCCUGAAUCAGGGCUCGGUUUCCACAAAGAUCGGCUUGUUUGCGAGCAUCAACUACGCUUGGGCUUCGAUUGACGACUCCCUUUUUCUAUGGGACUACACACAUCCCGACCCGGAGCUUAUCGGCUAUGAGGAUGCCGCCCAUACGAUCACUGCUGUCGCCCUGGUUCCGCCAAAACCAGGGGUGUUCGUCGAGAGCAUCACGCACAUACUGGUCGUCGCUACAGCUACCGAGAUCAUCCUGCUUGGUGUGUCGGCUGUGCCCGGGCCUUCAGGGUCCAAUUCCGUUACGUUGUACCAGACGAAGAUGUCGGUCCAUCGAGGGAGCAGCGACGUCAGCCAUAUUGUGGGCACGGCCUCGGGCCGCAUCUUCCUUGGCGGCGACACCGAUACCGAUAUCCAUGAGCUCUUUUACCAACAGGAGGAGAGGUGGUUUUCCAGCAGAUGCGGCAAGAUCAACCACACAUACCAGGGGUGGUCGACGGCCGUUCUCCCUUUUACCCAACGGCAACAGGAGGGACUAAUCAACCUGGUCGUCGACGAUACGCGGAACCUGCUCUAUUCGCUCUCUAACCGCUCCACCAUCCGCACCUACCACCUGGAAACUCCCGAGAAGCUGACGAGAGUCAUCGAGAAAGAUAAGACGAGCUGCCUCCGUGACUUUGCGCACAUGGUAGACAGCUCCUCUCUCUUCACCAACCGGACCAACAUCGUCUCCAUCAGUCCUAUCCCCGCCACCGAAGCCUCAAAACUGCAUCUCAUGGCGCUCACCGAUACCGGCUGCCGCCUCUUCUUUAGCGCCACCAGUUCCGCGUCCUAUACCAUGGGAGGCUCAACCAGUCUCGCGCCGCAAAGCAUGCAGCUUCAGUUCGUCAAAUUCCCGCCCAAGGAGCCCGGCGCUCGCACUCGGACAAUGGCGAGCCAGUCGCCCGAGGGACAGUUAGACAAGACUUCGCGAGCUCUCGACCCCAGCGGUCUAGGCGUCCGGUUCGCUCCCGGCUACUUUUUUGAUGUCGUCCGUAAGCAGCCCAACUCAGACGUUCUUUUUGUCUCCGCCCCCGAUACAGGAAAAAUCAAAGCCACCACUCCCGCCUCCGCACUCAAGUAUUAUGAGCAAGGUACCUGGGUGGAUCUAGAGCCCGGGAGCCGGAUCCUCGAGAUUGGUUCGACAACGGCUCCUUUUUCCGCCUCGAAACAACCCCUUGGUUUCGGUAACGAGCUUGCCGUCCAGUUCGACAACACCCCGGGGGAGUUUGCCGUGCUCACCAACACCGGAGUGCACAUCGUUCGCCGGAGGAGGCUGGUCGACAUCUUCGCCAACGCGAUCAGGACUUCCGCUGGCGAGGAAGGGCUCGAAAGAGAGGUGCGCAAGUUCCUCCUUCAGUACGGCCGCGUUGAGACGAUAUCGGCGGCCUUGGCUGUUGCUUGCGGACAGGGAAGCGACCUGCGAACCACUACAGGCAGGACAACCGAUUCAAAGACUGAAAACAUCGCCCGUAUGGCGUUCGUCGAGUACGGCGGUCAGCCGAGACUUGCCGAGUCGGACGGGAAGCAGUUGGUUUCCGAUUUUGUCAGGCUCUCGUCUCGCCACGAUGCCUUGGCUCUGUACGUUACCCGCCUUGUGCGGACCUUGUGGAAAUUCAAGGUUAUUGCGACAAAGGCAGAGGCGAAGGGCUCCCUGACUGUCUCCUCGACCGUUCCGUCCACGAAACUCAUCAUGAUACAAGAGAACAUCGAACGGCUGCGGAAUUUCCUUGAGGCAAACAAGAGCACAAUCCAGGGGCUUGCUGGCCCGUCCGAUCGGCUCUUCAACAGGCAGGAAGAGAUUGCCAACCAGAAAGAGCACCAAGCUUUGCACGGUCUGCGAAAACUAAUGGAGAGUGUCUCGGAGGGUAUCUCCUUCGUCCUGAUGCUCUUCGACGAACGGGUUUCGGACAUCUACGCCCGCCUCGAUCCGACAUCUCAGAAGCAACUUCAAGAUUUGACGUACGAGCAGCUCUUUUCCCAAGCCCCCGGCAAAGAACUGGCCAAGGUGCUCGUCAAGGCUAUUGUUAAUCGCAACAUUGCGAGCGGCGCCAACGUCGAGACUGUUGCCGACGCGCUUAGGAGGCGAUGCGGCAGCUUCUGCUCACCGGAUGACGUGGUCACCUUCAAAGCCCAGGAGCAAUUACAACGCGCCAGCGAGCAAGUCCACAAUCCUAAUGUGCUUCGAACUCUCCUAGCAGAGAGCUUGAGGCUGUUUGAACAGGUCGCCGGUAGCAUCACUCUGCCUAACCUUCGGAGCGCUGUCGAGCAGUACAUGCAGCUCAACUAUUACGCCGGCGCCGUCCAGCUGUGUUUAGCCGUUGCGCAACAAAAAGACCGCGGGAACACGGCACUGACGUGGGUCAACGAUGGCAAACCGCCCAACGACUCCCGUAAAAAGAUGUUCGACGAGCGGAAGCUCUGCUAUGCCCUGAUCCACGAAGUCCUCGACAGGCUCGAGGUUGCCUUUGCCGGCGAGCCUGAAGUGGUCGAUGGGCGGCCUACGCUCGCGGCCACGAAGCGGAUGGAGGCGUACACGGUUGUCAACGACUCGACUGAUGAAGUCUUCCACUUCGACCUUUAUGAGUGGUACAUUGAGAAGAACUGGACCGACCGGCUCUUGUCCAUUGACUCCCCGCAUGUCAUCACGUACCUACAGCGGCUGGCGGAAACAGAUUACCAACAUGCUGAGCUCCUCUGCCGAUUCUACACACACCGCAGCCGUUUCUUUGAGGCCGCCCAGGUGCAGGCAACCCUGGCGAAAUCGGAUUUGGACAUCGGCGUCAAGGACCGGAUCACGUUGCUUAGCCGCGCCAAGGGAAAUGCCAGUGUUAACACCAUUGGCAUCAGCCGGCAGCAGCAGCAACUGCUCAACCAUGAGGUCACCGAGCUCCUUGAAAUUGCGCAUAUCCAAGAUGAUCUGCUUGAGCGGCUACAGGCGGAUUCGCGGGUCUCGAGGGACAAGCUCCCCGACAUCCAGGAAGCGCUCGACGGUCCCAUCAAGAGCGUAACCGAGCUAUACAACGAAUACGCCGACCAAGCAGCCUACUUCGACCUCUGCCUGCUCAUCUAUCACGCAGCCGACUACCACAACCCCCGCGUCAUCAUGGACACAUGGCUUCGCCUAAUCGAGCAGACCGCCUACGAAACAGAAGAGCGCCAGGAGUACUGGCGGCUGGCCCAGGCCGGGCGGCCGCUGCCCGACGGCGCCCCUCCCCUCACUGGUGAACCCCCCCUACCCUACGAGUCAGUCUCUCAGCAGAUCCAGCUCAUCGCGCACCGCACGUCGCUCGACAGCCUCGUGUUCCCUGUCGACGCUCUGCUGCCGGAAGUCUGCAAGUUCGCCGUCACGCACGGCCAGGACGCGUCCAUCGGCGCCGACCCCUGCUGGCCCGUGCUGCUGUUCCUCAACCUCGGCGUGCCGCACGCGCUGGUCGUGCAGGUGCUCGAGAACCUUUUCGACGCGCAGGAGGCGCCCUUCACCGGCCGCCGCCGCAAGGCCGUCGUGCAGUGGAUCGCCGUCUCCGUCGAGGCCUGGGUGCGCGAGGUCGAGCGCCGUGCUGCGGGCGCCCUGGGCGCCAACGCGAACGGCGGUGCUGGGGAUGGCGUCAUGGGCGCGUGGGUUGCCGAGCUGCUCGUGCGCGCCGACGAGUGCCUGGCGCAGAUUAUGCCGGCGGCGGCGGCGACGGCGGCGGGGGGCGCGAGGACGGCUGCUGGGGUUGAGGCUGAGGAGGUGUUGGAGCUGAGGAGGGUGGUGAAGGGGUUGAAGAGAAGCGUGGAUGGGAUUGUUUGA